UAUUUUCAUAUUUUUAUUUAUUUUUCAUGUGUUUUAUUUUUUUUUAUCAUUUUUUAAUUAGUCUUAAACACUUCAAACUAUUUUUGGUUUAUCUUCAUGAUUUUUUGUUUGGUCUUUUGAUUGGCUUAGGGAAGAAAAUUGAGGCUACUUACGUCGAAAAACAAUGCACACGAUGAUGCGAAAAUACACAAGAUUUCGUGGCCUGGUGCCGGAAAUGGAUGAGGAGGGCACUUUUAUAAAACCAAUGCCACUUCCUAUUUAUACUAGUGAUAUUGCUAAGAUUAAACCUAAUCAUCGUCUGUUCUAUCAUCAAACAUUGGCAUCGGUGCGCAGGCAUUAUUGCUUUAAACAAACGGAUUGGAUACCCCGUGAUAAACUAGACUUUGAGAUGCAGUCACGCUAUAAUCAUGUUCGUGAAGUAUUUCCAGACAAAGUUGAUAUGGUUAUGCAAAAAGAAACCUGUUCUACGCAUGGCGAUAAGGUGGGAUAUACAUAUCGUAAAAUGAGAAAUACUUGCCGCAGGUUCUUUAUGGCUCCAUCACCAUUGCAACAUCCACUAAGAAUUGGAGGUAUUUUGUAUGAGAGAAAGGAUCCUAAUAGUGUUAAAUUAAUGGUGGAAGGACAUCACAGUCAGUUGACGAAUGCAGGCUUUUCACGACAAGACUCUGAUGGUACUAUUUAUUCUUAUUGAUGGACUAAAAACGUUUUCAGCAGAACGUGAAGACGCAGAACGUAAAGUAAAUUAAAAAGAAAAAUUAAUGUGAUUAAA